AAGCAGACGACGUUUUAGUGGUUUGCUCGUUAUGUUUGUUCGUCGUACAUUGUGAUCCGUCGAAGGUGUAAUCGUAGUAAUUUUUCUUUGUAUUUGAGUACAGAUGUGAAACGGGUUAAAUUUUCAAUGUCGUCUAGUUCCGAUCAAUGGGGAGACUUAGCGUCAUGUUCUGAGGCUGCUGCAAAAGAGGUUACCGGUAAUUCAGAACCUGAAGACAUAGAAAAAGCUAAGAACGCAGUUUUUGUUGAAAGUUGUUCGAUUCCGGAAGGAACACCAACAGUUAAAGGAUAUGAUUGGAACAAAGGGGUCAACUACCAUGCCCUUUUGGAGACUUACAAGUUCAGUGGCUUUCAGGCGACAAACUUUGGCUUGGCAGUCGAGCAGAUAAGGAGUAUGCUGGAGUGCCGCCAGGUGCCCCUGACCCUGGACCAGCUAGACGACCUCGAGGACGACGACUUCAUCCGGCGCCGCACCAACUGCACCAUCUUCCUGAGCUUCACGUCCAACAUGUCGUCGUGCGGCGUGCGCGACACCAUCCGCUUCCUGGUGCAGCACCGCAUGGUGGACUGCCUGGUGACGACGGCGGGCGGCGUGGAGGAGGACCUCAUCAAGUGCCUGGCGCCCACGUACCUGGGCGAGUUCAACCUGGACGGCCGCAAGCUGCGCGAGAAGGGACUCAACCGCAUCGGCAACCUGCUGGUGCCCAACGAGAACUACUGCCUGUUCGAGGACUGGGUCAUGCCCCGCCUCGACCUCAUGCUGCACGAGCAGAAACAGAGCGGCACGCUGUGGACACCGUCCAAGAUGGUGGCCAAGCUGGGCGAGGAGAUAGACAACCCCGACUCGAUCUGCUACUGGGCGGCGAGGAACAAGAUCCCGGUGUUCAGCCCCGCCAUCACGGACGGCAGCAUGGGGGACAUGCUGUUCUUCCACUCGCACCGCAGCCCGGGCCUCGUGCUGGACAUCAUCCAAGAUGUUCGUCGAAUAAACACCAUGGCGAUAAAAGCUAAGCACUCUGGGAUGAUCAUCAUAGGAGGUGGCUUGAUAAAACACCAUGUCUGCAACGCAAACUUGAUGAGGAAUGGUGCAGACUUCUCUGUGUUCAUCAACACAGCCUCGGAGUUUGACGGCAGCGACAGUGGGGCCCGGCCCGACGAGGCAAUAUCCUGGGGCAAGAUCAGGAAAGAAUCCCGUCCUGUUAAGAUAUAUGGGGAAGCAUCUCUAGUAUUUCCUCUACUUGUCGGUGAAACUUUUGCAAAAUAUCAUCAUGCGUCUAAAACAAAGGCGGAGUCGGAAGUGUGAACUUUUCAAGAUCUGUGAAUAUGAAAUUAUCUUUGGUUACCGCUUACCACUUCUGCAUGGUGAAUCUAUUAUUUUUGUGUACAUCACAUUUUAUUGUGUAAAUGAGCAUUGUAUUCAUCAUUAUAACUUAGAAUUAAUUUUACUUAAUUUUUUGCACUUAAUAUUGAUUUUGUAAAAUAUUAUAUUUUUAAAAAACUGAACUGGUUUUUUAAACGCUGUAAAUAUGUUUUCUUCACCAUGGACUAGUAGUCAUGAUUGUCCUUUAUCAUUGCUAUUCAUAGGGGCUGGAAAAAUUAGCAUCUUACUAGAGAUGCUAUAUUUUUUUUGUAACUUUUAUCAUAAAUGCUAUUUUUGCUAAUUUGAUAAAUUAAUGCUUCUUGUUUUUCAGCUAAAUUAGUUAAAAUGUCAAAUAAUUUGUUAAAUAUCUGUUGUGAAGUGCCACACAUUUUUAAAAAAUGUGUUAUUUCACACUAGGGAGAAACAACCUUGUCUUGUAGACUUUCAGUGACAUAACAUACCUUAUAUUUGUAAUUUGCAGUUUGUCUGGGACACAUGCACAUGCAUUAUUAAAUUUUUUCAUUCAUGUUUGUCAUGUAAGGCAUAUCAGUACUUCAGUUAAUACACAAACACAACAGGUCCACCAUCUUUGCUGCAGAUCUUCUUGUCUCUCUGACGAAAGGUGUACAGUUGGCUGAUUCACUCUUGCAUUUUGCUUUAGCUGGAGUGUGGAGUAAACCACAGUAAUAUUACAGGUAUUUGGCAUUCCCCCAAAUGUUAUACUUGAAUCAUGAGGUGAUUUUAUAGUUAUUGUUCUCUACACUAGUUUUUGUGACCAUACUUCAUCUUAUUGCCAUGUAUUUGUGAUGCAGCCAAGUUAUUUGCAUCCUAACUUCAAAAUAUAAACCCAAUCCCAUUAAUUGCAUUGAUUUGUGAAUUACUAUUUAAACUUGCAAUUUAAUAUUUGGUUUCAGUCUAGAAAGCCACGAACAACCAUUUUUUUUUUGCUAAAAACUGAAAUAGAAUUUUAUUUGUAGGCCUUUGUAGGCCUUUGUGUUUAUGAAUAAUUAGUUUUCAAAAAUUAGGAAUGUAAAUAUUAUGAUUUAAAUAAGUUACAUUAAAAAUUCAAAUUUCACAAUUAUAGAUACUAACCUAUAAAGUAAUAGAUGCAAAUUAAAAAAAAAGAUGCUUAUUUUGGGUAAGAAAAAUAGAUGCUUAAUUUUAAAUAAUAGGAAGAAAAAACUGUUAAAAAAAAACAAAUUUUGAAAAAAAUUAGAUACUAAUUUUGGAAGAAAAAAAAUGCUAAUUUUUCCAGCCACUAGAUAUUCAUGACCUGCCAACAUGCCUACUCCUGAUAAAGUUAGAUUUAUCUUUUCUGAUAUUUUCAUCAUCUCUCAUAUCUAGUCUCGGGGUUACAUUAGACAAUUAGAGUACUUAGUGCAUGCUAGCACGGGGUUCCCCAGCCCAUGAUCCACAGGCCAGGACAUUAGCAAUCGAUGUAGUGGCCCCUCCCCCGAUUGGGAAGACAUUGCAAUUGCAGCACCUGACUAAGAAAGUCGAAUUUACAAAAAUCAAAAAAAUCCCAAUAUUAUAGAUUUGUAAUUUUUGUACAGUACUUUUUUUUUUUUUUUUUUUUAAAUUUUAACCAGC